AUGGCCAAACUCGCUAUUGUGAUAUACUCUACCUACGGUCACGUCGCAGCUUUGGCUGAGUCUGUCAAGGCUGGUAUCGAGUCCGUUGGCUCCUCGGCCACCAUUCUCCAGGUUGCGGAGACUUUGGACGCGAAAACGCUGGAGCUGAUCCAUGCCCCGGCCAAGCCAGACUACCCUAUCGUUAAGGCAGAAGAUCUCACCAACUACGAUGGUUACCUUUUCGGUUUCCCAUCGAGAUUCGGCUCGUUCCCAGCUCAGAUUAACGCCUUCACUGACUCCACGGGUGGUUUGUGGGCUUCCGGAGCCUUGUACCACAAGCCCGCCGGUUUCUUCAUCAGUUCUGGUACUCCAGGUUCCCAAGAAAUCACCGCUAGAUCCGUGCUCAACUUCUUUGUUCACCAUGGUCUAAUUUACGUCCCAUUGGGAUUUGGUAAGGCCGGAGCUCAACUCUCUAACAUUGAGGAAGUCCACGGUGGUUCUGUGUGGGGUGCUGGUGCCUUUGCAGGUGCUGAUGGCUCCAGAGCAGUCUCCCAGUUGGAGAAGGAUCUUGCCCAUAUCCAGGGUUCUGAGUUUGCAAUCGCUGCUUCCAAAUUGGCUCCAUCUGCCCCUGCUGCUGCCUCUACUGCUGUUAAGGAGGCUGUUGCCGAGACCGCUGCCAAAGCAGAUGUUGCUACCACGACUGCAGCCACUAAGGCCGAGGCCCCAAAGAGUGAGAGUGGUUGUUGUACUAUAGUGUAG